GUUACUACCCAGUGACAUUGUGUGACUGUCCGAACCAGUGGUUGACCGAAGUUGUGGUAACCGAUAGUAGCACCGUUCCCCACCUCUCGGAGUGGGGAAUAAAUGCCACAAAUCAUUAUCGCAGGAGUGCAAUGAGGCAUGCAGGCACUAAAAUAUUUGUAUGAUGUCAAACCACAAUCUCCUUCACCCUCUGGCAGCCUCCAAAUAGCUUCUAACAGCCUUCAGCAUCCAUGCCUGCCAUCACCCUACACUCGUCUACACUCCACCUCUGCGUUUGUCUGCAUGUUUUUACUUGUUUCCGCAUGUCACCACUCAAUUUUGCUUGUCUGUACUUGUUUCCACAUGCCGCCACUCAUUUGUGUGUGCCUGCAUUGCUCCCAAUAUAUGGGUGGAUAUUAUAUAUGUCUAUGUAUGUAUGUACUUGCUUGUAUCUGCACGCUCACUUGUUCGCAUCGCCAUCGCAGAAAAUUCAGCGCGCGGGCUGCGGCUUGCUUGAGCCCAAGCCCCGGCUUUGGGCUGGCUUAGGCUCACAGCUCAGGCUUGAAUUCUGGCGAGCUUAAGCCCCUCCAGGCCGAGCCUAAGCCGGAGAUUUGAGCCCAAGCUGGGCCAGAACAUCACUAGUCCGAGAAGGUAGAGCUGUUGCAAGAGGAAAUGUGGCGCGGCAUCGGCAAGCUGCCAUUCGGAGGAUGAUGCGUGACCACUGCUCUUCCGACAAUUUGGAGUGUCAUCCCUGGCCUCAUUGCCCAGUCAUCGCGCGGUACCGCUAUCUAAUGCUUCGCGGGAUAUGUUUUUUUCCGUGAUUUUGACAUAUUUUGUUAUUAAUGUUUGAUUUACUUGACAUUGUGUAUUGAGCUAUUGAUCCAAUAAACUAGUACCUAUUUGUUCC